AAAAUUACACAGUUAGAAACAAAUGAAACUUAAUUGAUAAGCCUAAUUGUAUUCUAAGUGUGCUAAGGAACAGAGACAGAUUAUCCAGUUCAGCAAUGGCGAGUGGUGAGGGGGAAGUGAUGAGGAACAAGCAGGUGAUAUUCAGGGACUAUGUGACUGGCAAUCCCAAAGAGUCGGACAUGUACGUGACAGACAGUAGUACCAUUAAGCUCAAGGUUCCACAGGGCUCAGUCGCGGUGCUAGUCAAGAACCUUUACUUGGCGUGUGACCCUUAUUUGAGGAUUCGAAUGGGGCGAAUUGAAGGUUCUAGUGUCUUCACUUCCUUCACCCCUGGCUCUCCAUUGAGUGGAUUUGGAGUGGCUAAAGUCUUGGAUUCCGGGCAUCCGGAGUUUAAGGAAGGUGACUUGGUUUGGGGAACAACCGGAUGGGAAGAGUAUAGUCUCAUCACAGAACCAGAACAACUCUUCAAGAUCCACCACACUGACGUGCCCCUUUCCUACUAUACUGGACUUCUUGGUGUGCCGGGUAUGACUGCCUUUGUCGGUUUCCAUGAAGUGUGCUCGCCUAAAAGAGGAGAUUCUGUGUUCGUUUCUGCAGCAGCUGGUGCUGUUGGUCAGCUUGUUGGGCAAUUUGCAAAGUUGAUGGGGUGCUAUGUUGUUGGAAGUGUCGGAAGCAAAGAGAAGGUCGAUCUACUAAAGAACAAGCUAGGGUUUGAUGAGGCUUUCAAUUAUAAGGAAGAGCAAGACCUUGAUGCUGCUUUGAAAAGGUACUUCCCAAAAGGCAUUGAUAUUUACUUCGAGAAUGUUGGUGGUAAAAUGCUGGAUGCAGUCCUUCUCAACAUGAGACCUCAUGGCCAUAUUGCCGUGUGUGGAAUGAUCUCACAUUACAAUCUCAAUCAACCACAAGGCUUUAGCAAUCUCAUCUCUCUCAUCUACAAUCGGAUUCGUAUGGAAGGCUUCGUUGUUUUCGAUUACUUCCAUCUCUAUCCCAAGUACUUGGACAUGGUGUUGCCUUACAUCAGAGAAGGAAAAAUAGUGUAUCUGGAAGAUAUAGUUGAAGGCCUCGAGAGUGGUCCGGCUGCUCUUGUAGGGCUCUUUAGUGGUCGUAAUGUCGGAAAACAAGUAGUUUUGGUUGCUCCAGCUGAAUGAGUUUGCUAUAUCUUCUUUCAGGGAGCUUCUUGCAUAUUCUCAUGUAUGCCUUUGCAGCCGGACUGAGCCAUAGUUGGCGGCUAGGUGUGUGGUUAAGUUCAAAGUUGUGUUCAAUAUAGGAUUUCUUGAGUGAAUUUCUAAAUGUGCUUCAUUGUUACAAAAUAAUAAUAAAAAAUUAUGAUAUUGUUUAGGUAAUGACUAUUGUGACGCUUAGAAGAGUGGUCAUCA